AUGCAGGUAAUCUUGGGUAUAUUUACAACUACUAUAAUCCUGAUACAUGCAGGACACAGUGCAGACCCGCAACACAGUCGACCUUGGGACGUUCUCAUUCAUGGUAGGUGGUAUAUACCUCUAGCUACUGAUAUCCACACGUCACCUUGUACCUCGGAGGUAGUAUCGUACAAGAAAAGAAAAAAAGGCCCCUCCCACGCCAAUGCUGAAUGCGAAAUGUCUACAAAAAAUAACAAUCCAAAAAUGGUUUCCCGGCUUUCCGGCUUUCCGGCUUCCCGAUCUCGCUUCCCUCCCUGA